CUGUGCACAGGACAGGAGAAAGUUUUUGUGUAGUAUCAGAGUGAAGUGUGGAUCUGUAAGAGAAGUACAGUCUGUGGAGCCUCGGAGGUGAAGUUUACCAGCACCAUGACUUGCGAGCUCCAGUUUAUCAUUGGGGUUUCGUUAUUGGCUUCCUUUUUACUGGUCUUUAUGCUAAGAAGAAGGAGGAAAGCAGGAGAACCCCCUUUGGAAAAUGGAUGGAUCCCAUUGUUAGGAUCGGCUUACCAGUUCAGUAAAGAUCCUUUAAAAUUCCUGAUCUCUCAGCAAGAGAAACAUGGGGACAUCUUUACAAUCUAUCUCGCAGGCAGAUAUAUUACAUUUAUCAUGGAUCCAACCCAGUUCCAGUAUGUCAUUAGACAUGGCAAGAAGCUUGACUUCCAUGAGUUUUCCAAUGAAAUGGCAUCCAGGACGUUCAACUACCCACGCUUGUCAGAAGCAAGGUUCCCACAGCUCAAUGAUCGUAUGCUCAAAAUAUAUAAAAUCCUGCAGGGUAAGCCUUUGGACAAACUUACUGACAGCAUGAUGAUAAAUCUCCAACAUGUAUUCAAAUGGAAAUUCUCACAAGCAACAGAUUGGAAAACAGAAAAAAUGUACCAGUUCUGCUGCUCGAUCAUGUUCGAAGCCAGUUUUAUGACACUCUAUGGAAAAGAUCCUGUUGCAGAUGGUCGUAAAGUUAUUAGUGAAAUGAGAGAAAAAUUUACAAAGUUUGAUGCCAAGUUCCCCUAUCUUGUUAUAAACAUACCAAUUGCGUUGCUAGGAGAUACCAAGAAUAUUCGUGAAGAACUGAUAAAUUUUUUCAUGCCCAAAAAAAUGGACAAGUGGCUUGACCUGGCCGAGGUUAUCCAGGCCCGGAAAGAUAUCCUUGAACAAUACGAUGUGCUCCGGGACUAUGACAAAGCAGCACAUCAUUUUGCCUUCCUUUGGGCCUCUGCGGGGAACACGAUUCCGGCAACAUUCUGGGCCUUGUACUACCUCGUGAGGCACCCAGAAGCACUUGCAGCAGUGCGUGACGAAAUUGACCAUUUCCUGCAGUCAACAGGUCAAAAGAAGGGACCAGACUAUGGCCUCCAUAUCACCAGAGAACAGUUGGACAGCCUGGUUUUGCUAGGUAGUGCUAUAAACGAGUCACUGCGAUUAUGCUCUGCCUCCAUGAACAUUCGUGUAGUUCAAGAGGAUUUUCUUCUGGAGCUGGAGGAUGACCAGUCAGUGAGUCUGAGGAAAGGCGAUUUUGUAGCCCUAUAUCCUCCAGCGUUACACAAAGAUCCUGAGGUCUUCGAAGAUCCCGAGGAAUAUAAAUAUGAUCGUUUUGUAGAAGAUGGAAAGGAGAAAACAGCCUUCUUCAAAAAGGGCAAAAAACUCAAAGCUUUCCUGAUGCCAUUUGGUUCUGGAUCCACCAUGUGUCCUGGCCGCUUCUUUGCAGUGAAUGAAAUAAAACAGUUCCUCGCUGUUCUUCUCACAUAUGUGGACAUGGAAUUAAUCAGCCACAAACCAGUUCGCCAAGAUAACAGCCGUUCAGGACUCGGCAUACUCCUGCCUGAUUCUGAUGUCUACUUUCGUUUUAAAUUGCGGAAAUUCGAUGAUUGAUUUUAUUUUGUUAUUCAUUGUUAAGAAAUGCAAGUACUUUAUACACCAGUUUAAAGGGGUUGUCUGGGAAUACGGCAUUUCUAACAGGAGCCAGCAGCCUGCCUCCCCUACUGAAGAGAUCAUACUUACCUGCCCUUUACCACUUUGGUCCUACACGCUGGCUACUGCAUCUCCAUCUUCUGGUCUGGGGUUUGUUUUUUUCCUCCCCGGCAUGGACAUGGUCACCUGACCCUCUUCAGCCAACUCCUGGCUUCAGCGGUGAUGUGUCCACAAGAGACAGCGGUUGGCUGCCGGCACAUGUUAGAAUUAUGGUUUCCCAAACAACCCCUUCAAGGCUAGUAGUUAAGUUCUAUUUUGGCAAUAUAUUUAAUUAUUUGUAUUACGACCAUGUGAAAUCAGGUAGGACAUACUGUAGCUCUUGGCAUAUUCUAUGCAUUUUCUUCUUACUAUAUAAUGUUAGACCCAUUAAUAGUUAAGAUGGCAAGCUAGGCAUUUACAUCAGCGGUAUGAGGUGAAACUUUGUUUUGUGGUUAAAAUGACAGAGCUAGACUCCUGAGAAAAGGAAAUGACUGCUUUCUGUGUAUACUUACAAGGUAACCCCACCCAAAAUGAAAACUCUGUUUUAUCUACAAAAAAACACUGAUUUCAUAUCCUCCAACAGUAUAAUGUGAUGUAAUGCAAUGUUGUUAAUAUGAGCCUAAUUUUAUGACACUAACUUUGUUUAAAAAAAAAACUACUAUUGCCUUUGUAUUUUCUGUUAGUUCCCUGUCACUACAAACAAAACAUGAAUAAAUCAUCACCUCUCAUACU